AUGCCUUCAAGGCCGUCGGAGCCUGCAGAGGAGGACUGGCGCAAGCCUGCUGGCAAGGCCAUUGCUGAGCAAGAGAAGUGGGCAACUGGGCCGCAAUUGGAAGGCCAUCUUUCCAGCAGCAGUGUGCAGCUCAAUUUGCUGACCUUCUUACGCAAGCAGAAGCUUUUGGCAACCUUGCAUGAGGGAAAGGACGACUUGAAGACCUUGGCGCAGCUGAGCCCAUUGCAACUGCAUGACACGCCUGACAAGUCCGACAAGACUGACAACAAGCCUGACAAAGCAGACAAACCGGAGAAGGCGACAAAGCAAGCCCAGAAGGCUUCCAAAGUGACUCGAGGCUACAAAGAGAUGUUCGACGACACACAUGCGGUCAUGUCUUUGACCCAUGAAGGGCUUUAUGAAUCUGGCGCCUCAAUGUUCUGGCUCUUGUCGGGAUCCACGAAUGCCAAUGCCAGUGAUGACACCAGCUUGUCGUUUGCGGAGAUCGAUGCGUGGGCAAAUUUGUGGUUUGCUACCAAAGGUGGACACGCAGAUCGGUUGCUAGCACCAGUUGUUUUUCUGGGUCAGGUGGCUUCCGCAGCAAAGGCGUCAAAACAUCAGGACAUUCAGCUGCUGUUUGGCCACGGGGCCAUGCAGGGCUGGUUCUUAGCCACGGCCCGGGCACUGGAGGAGGCGAAGGGCGAUGUUCUGGUGCGGUUGGUUGAGGCAGCGCUCACAGUGACCCUACAGCUGCACCUGGUUGACAAUCCACGCAAAGCAGCCUUGCUGCAGAUGAAUGCUGCAAGCCAGCAGAGCAGCCUGGCUCAUUUGGCGCCUAGCUUUUUGACUUGGCUGAAGCACAGCUUGGUUGUCAUGUCUGACAAGACAGCAACUACAAAGACAUGCGCUGGCCUGGAGUAUGGAGGAAAGCCGGCCCCGAAGGCAGUGGUGGAGUGUCUCUGCCUGGCACAGGACAUCACUGGCUCUCACAUGAAGCUGAAAGAGAUGUUCAAGCAAGCCAAGAAGCUGUCCAAUGAAAGCGCCGUGUCUGACCUUGCUUCUCAGCUUGGCAUGGAUACGUUCAAGGCCCGUGAUCUUCUCCAGUACUUUGCCGGCAUCACACGCUUCUUGCUGGGCAGGAACAACUUGGCGGACAUCCAGGACUUCUCGGUAGCGUUCCUGGAGAGCCACUUCUUCAAAGUAGUCAUUGCCAAGUUGACAGUUGUCCUGUUUGGUGCAGUGCUGGCAUCAAUGCACGAUGACAAAGCAACAUCGCUGCAGAUCAAGAAGAUUGCCGAGAUCUACAUUAAGCCCAUGGAGAUGUUCAAUCUUAUGCAGAGUGAGGACGACCCUGUGGCUAGUGUGCUUGCCGCUGUUGCCAGCGCUGCCAGCGCUGACAACACACCACAGGUGGUCGCAUACUGUGAACUUUGCGUUCAGCUGAUGGACUGCACCUUUGACGCGGACUUGAAGAGCUUGCUAGAAGAGAGCAGUUCCAGCAGCCUGUCAGACAUCGGGAAGCAGAUCAUGAACGGCAAUGGCCUGACCACCGCCUUGGGCAAGGAGGUCAGCAAGUGGGUGAAAUCCAUGGAACGGCCCACAAGCGUCAUCAUGCCCGUGCCCCAGCGCACGACAGUGUCUCGGUUGGUGACCCUCUGUUGCUUGCCCGCCAGAAACCUGCAAUACCUCUCGCCACUUUACACGUAUUUGUGUGUGUGCACAUGCUGCCCACCAAGGUCUGACAGUGGGAAACUCCAGAUGACCCUGGUGGAGAAGAUCACAGUGUCUGACUCUGACAGCAAGACUGCCGCCAAUGUAUGGCAGCAGGUUGUCAACAAGAGAAAGGCAUUGUGCACAAUUACAGCUUUGCCAGAGGAAGGGGCCAAACUGGCCACCAAGUUGAAGGCCACGUUCGCGACGAGCCCGAUCAGGAAGUCCUUCAAGCCGAAGAUCGGAGAGAGCCACUUGCUUGUCGUUGUCUCGGCUGACUUGGUGUCUGAGCCCCUGGAUGGCUGGUCGCACACGACUGACAAAGACCGGAUGGAGCGCAUUGGGGUUUGCUUAGACUUCUGCAAGAAGGAGUUCAAUGGCAAGGGUGACCUGCUGCUUGUCUUUGACGGUCGGUGCCGUGAGGCUCGGAGACACAUGGAGGAUAGCCUGGGGAGGGACACCCUUGAGCUGGUGAGAGUCUUGGAGGCACCUUCGGGCGCCUCGGAUGUCACAGCAGAGCUUGGACCUGCGUCGAAGAAGAUGCGUUGCACAAGUGAGCAUGGCUUCCUGAAGUACAACUGCAACGACGCAGUCGAGGACCUUGAGUGGGAGAAUAUGGCCUCUUUGCCCAACAAGAAGAAGCUCCCGCUCAUGAGCCUGACGGACAAGACCAAUUGGCUGACAAACAAAGCAGGCAGCAAAGCCAGCAAGGCUGCCACACCGCCUGACUGGGACAAUGAGCAUGGCGUGCCCUGCUUUUGGCAGGAGAGCAAGUCCACAAGCUUUUGGGCAUCGGUUGUGGAGGGCACCCGUGCAGGUGCAAUCUUGGACAUGACAGCAAGCACACAGCUAGCGCACGCGGCUCUGGAUGCCCAGGUGAAAUAUCAUGGCAUCAGCACAGCAACUGUUCACUCAAAGUGGUUGUCUGCGUACUGUGACAACGCCAUGCUUAAGGUGGUGGCUGCUGAGGAGAACGAGCUUGCCAAUGAGGUUCAGACUCACUUUGCUGGGCGCCUGACGGAGCAAUCUGACUCGGAGGAGGAGGAGGGGGACAAGAAGACAGCCGAUCCUGUGGAGGAUGAGGACGGCAAAAAUGAGGCAGCCUAG